GCCAUCCCCAAAGAAUCGACCGUCCUCGUCACCGGCGUAAACGGCUACAUCGGCUCUCACACUGCCGACCAACUUCUCUCUCUUGGCUACAAAGUCCGUGGCACUGUUCGUGACGCCACUAAAUCCCAGUGGGCCCAACAGCUCUUCGACAAGAAAUAUGGCAAGGGCAAGUUUGAGCUCUUCGUAGUCUCCGACAUCGCAGUCGACGGAGCAUUCGAUGAAGCCGUCAAAGGUGUCGCCGGCAUAUCGCAUAUGGCCUCCGACCUCUCCUUCUCCCCAGACCCGAACGUCGUUAUCCCGCCCACCAUCGCCAGCACCGUCGGCAUCUUGAAGUCCGCCGCCAAAGAGCCCUCCGUCAAACGCGUCGUCUAUACGUCCUCUUCCACUGCCCAGGCCUUCCCCACUCCAAACACCGUCUUCGAAAUCACCUCUGACACCUGGAACGAACCGGCGAGCAAGCUCGCCUGGGCCCCUGCACCUUACACCCCGGACAGGGCUCUGCCCGUUUACGCUGCGAGCAAGGUUGAGGCGGAGAGGGCUGCUUGGAAGUUCGUGGAGGAGAAUAAACCCGGAUUCGAGUUCAGCACGGUGUUGCCGGCUGGAAACUUUGGGCCGGCGUUGCAUGAGGGACAGAGCUCGCCCACGUUGGGAUGGAUUCAGACAUUGAUCAAGGGAGACCUAGAGACGGUGUCCAAAUUUGGGAUCUCUCCUCAAUACUUCGUCGAUGUCCGCGAUACUGCCCGUCUUCACGCCGCCGCCAUCGUCGUCCCUUCUGUCAAGUCCGAGCGCAUUCUCGCCUAUGCGGAGCCGUACAACUGGAGCCAGCUCCUCGACAUCUUGCGCAAGGCUUACCCCGCCCGCGAGUGGCCCUCAAACAUUCCCAACGAGGCGAAGGACUUGAGCACGGUCACGAAGGCGAGAGCGCGUAGUGUUGAGGUUUUGAAGGCUUUGGGGAGGAAGGACUUCAUCUCGCUGGAGGAAUCAGUGAAGGAUAGU